CUGCAAACAGAGAAAUAUCCCUAGACUGAUAUACACCAGCACAGUGAAUGUGGUAUUUGGAGGGAAUCCCAUUGAAGAAGGAGAUGAAGAAACCGUGCCGUAUUUUCCACUGGAAAAGGAGGUGAUAAGCUCCACACUUGUGUGCUUCGUCCCCCAGGCAUAUAUGGACCAGAAGAGCAGCGCCACCUGCCACGAGUAGCCGUAAAUAUCCAGCGGAGACUAUUUAACUUCAACUUUGGGAAUCACAAGGUUCAGAUGAACUGGGUUCACAUCAGAAAUCUAGUACAAGCUCACUUACUAGCUGCUGAGGCUCUCACCUCUGAGAAGGGUUACGUAGCUAGUGGUCAGGCGUAUUACAUACAUGAUGGUGAAAACGUCAUUUUUUCUGAAUGGAUAGUCCCUUUAUUUGAAAAAUUAGGCUACAGGAAGCCCUGGAUACAUAUUCCUGUUCUCCUGGUUCAUAUAGCAGCCACUGUGAUGGAAUAUCUGCACCUGAUACUAAAGCCAGUUUUUAGCUUUACCCCUUUCUUGACAAGGAAUGAGGUGUGGAAUGUUACUGUAACUCACACUUUCCGAAUAGACAAGGCACGAAAUCAGCUUGGUUACAAACCAAAGAAAUUCUCAUUUGCUGAUUCUGUGGAUCAUUAUCUUAAAACAAGACCUCCUUGCCAAGAGGAUCACACAUUCCUUAAAAUGGUGUUUGCUUUUGGCAUUUUGUUAUGUUUGAUCAUUCUUUCUUUCUUCUAAAAUCAACUAACUACCCACCUGUUUCUGAGUACUAAUGAUCUGGUCAUAGUGCAUUCCUCAGGCACCACAGACUUUAUUAUUCUUAUUAUUGUGAUGAUGACAUCUCUCUGAUCUCAUUUAAAAAAUGUGAAGUGAAGACAAGGGACAUAUCAGGAAAUGUUCCUAAAGGACAACACAGUGUCACAAAAUCAAAGGAGUGUGCUACUAACGAAGGCAGGAAUAGUUUUAACGGAUCUUCCUUCAUGGAUUGCUUCAUGCUGAGAAUAAUUUUCUAAAAAUGAUCAUUCAGGAGAGUAAGAAAUUGGAGGAAGAGAAACCCUUGUAGGUCUGCAGUGCUGUAACAAGUCCAGUAGCUCUUAUGAAGAGAAGGUUGAUGAAACAAUUCCUCUGAUGAAGCCACUGCUGUAGCUGCUGUACGUUAGCCUGAGGAAUUAUGAAGACCUGGGAACUAGUACAAAAAAUAUGUAAAUAUUUAUAAAUAACAGGUGGUAAGAGGACUGAAAGUCAUAUUUAUGUAAAAUAGUUUUAUUGUUCAAAAACUUUGUAAAAAUGUAAUAAAUGUUUUUAA